UUGUAUCGUGUUCCGAUAUUUCUUCGGGUUCAAGGCAUAUUUGACAUCUUCGUUUAAGUAUUGUCAGUGUAUUGCAUGCUACUUUCUUUGUUGUGCUUCCUAUAGAGCUGUAUAUCGGAACGGAAUAUCUGGCUGAAAAACUAAAUAUUGAAUGGUAUUAUAUAAGAGGAAUAAGAACUUCGAUCAUUACCAAGGUGACUUUAUUUAAGGUCAACACCCAAGCGUGAAAGUGUACGUAUUUAUCCAGAAUGUCUGGCAGUUGGGAUGCAGGCAUUAGAGACAUGUUGCAGUACAUCAUAGAACUGGUCUGUAUUUCUGCAGUGUGGGCCCCCCUGUUGUAUCUAGAAUGGUACGGGACAGCAACAGUUCAGGGGUUCUUCUGUGCUGAUACAAGUCUUCAGUACCCAUACCGGGAGUCAACCAUGACAGCCUCCAUCAUGUACCCCGUCAGCUGCAUCUUCCCCUUCCUCGGGGUAAUAAUUAACAUUUAUUGUGGGUGGAAAACGAACAGCCUUUCAGUAAAGUCCGUCUACAGACAAGUGCUUGUGUUCGCGUUUGGCUUUGGUCUGGCGCAUCUCUUGGUGGAUGUGGGCAAGUUUUAUGGCGGGAGACUACGGCCUCAUUUCUUUGACGUGUGCAGUCCUGAUUGGUCACAAAUAGACUGUUCCGUCGGUUACAUCACUAAUUAUACGUGUCUUGGAAGCAACAAAACUCGGCUUAGAAAAAUGAGACUGUCGUUUCCGUCCGCUCAUGGAAGCUGCAUAUGCUAUGGCGUCGUCUUCUUCAUAGUGUAUAUCCAGUCCCGGAACUUAAAGAAGCACCUGGGAGUGAUGCCAGCGACCCUGCUACAAGCUGCAGCCGUCUGUCUCGCAUUCUACACGUGCAUCACGCGAAUAACAGACAACAAACAUCACGCGACUGACGUCAUCGCCGGUGCUUGUGGGGGCUCUGCUAUAGGUUAUUGGAUGGUCAGCUUAAACUGAUUUCGGAAUCUUUGUCAUUUUCAGGCAGCGCUUCUGCAGAAACUUCCGGAACCAUUGUCUCACAUGAAGAAGAAAUCCUAAUCCACAAUAGUGUGUUAUGUAGUGUUGUUUUG